GGGGCGGAUCUGGAGGGGUCUGACUAGGUGCGGGCCCGUGGGCUCCAGACAAAUAAACAUGGAGUCCAUCUUCCACGAGAAAGUAGUUGCAUCUUUCUGGAUCUGGAGGCCAAGCUUUCUUAUUCAGUAUUAAGACUGGACUGGAAUUAUUUUGUGCGGUCGCCUAGUCUGUUUUGAUUUCUUAGUUGACCACGAACUCGAAGAUACUAUUUGUGUGGCCUGUGAAGAAACUCGUCUUUUCUCACGUACAAUUAAUCAAGUCAUUUGGGCCAAGAAGGCUCACUCUGUGCUCAGCAUUGCUUGAAUAAUCUGUUGCAAGGAGAAUAUUUCAGCCCUGUGGAAUUAUCUUCAAUUGCACAUCAGCUUGAUGAAGAAGAGAGGAUGAGGAUGGCAGAAGGAGGAGUUACCAGUGAAGACUAUCGCACGUUUUUACAGCAGCCUUCUGGAAAUAUGGAUGACAGUGGUUUUUUCUCUAUUCAAGUGAUAAGCAAUGCCUUAAAAGUUUGGGGUUUAGAACUAAUCCUGUUCAACAGUCCGGAGUACCAGAGGCUCAGAGUCGAUCCCAUAAAUGAAAGAUCAUUUAUAUGCAAUUAUAAAGAACACUGGUUUACAGUUAGAAAAUUAGGAAAACAGUGGUUCAACUUGAAUUCUCUCUUGACGGGUCCAGAAUUAAUAUCAGACACAUACCUUGCACUUUUCUUGGCUCAGUUACAACAGGAAGGUUAUUCUAUAUUUGUUGUUAAGGGUGACCUGCCAGAUUGUGAAGCUGACCAACUCCUGCAAAUGAUCAGGGUCCAACAGAUGCAUCGACCAAAACUUAUUGGAGAAGAAUUAGCACAAUUAAAAGAACAGAGAGUCCAAAAAACAGAUCUAGAACAAGUCUCAGAAGCAAAUGAUGGGUCAGGCAUGUUAGACGAAGAUGAGGAAGAUUUGCAGAGGGCUUUGGCACUAAGUCGCCAAGAAAUUGACAUGGAAGACGAAGAAGCAGAUCUCCGCAGGGCUAUUCAGCUCAGUAUGCAAGGUACUUCCAGAAAUACAUCUCAGGAUAUUCUACAAACAUCAAGUACACCUCUUACUUCAGAAGAGCUACGGAAGAGAAGAGAAGCCUACUUUGAAAAGCAGCAGCAGCGGGACCCGCCAGGACAGCCUUCACACCCAUGUGAAAAGCCAACAACAAGUUCAGGGGCCCUCAGCGGUGAUCCAGGGGAUCCUAUGAGUGAAGAAGACAUGCUUCAGGCAGCUGUGACCAUGUCAUUAGAAACUGUUAGAAAUAAUUUCAUAACAGAAGGAAAAAAAUAAUACCUUUUACAAAUCAUUUAGAUAUUCAUACUUUCCAACAUUAUCCUUUGUGAUUAUAGCGUAAGGGUCCAUUUUCGUAAUGUCAAAGAGAAUAAUGUUCCACAGAGGAAAUAAGGCUCUUAGGUGGUUUGCAACAAAAAAGAUGAGAAAACGGGAAAAUGUAUCAGUUGUAGGACUAAAUAAUGAUCUUCCAAACACUAGCCAAAGAGGCAUUUAGCAAUUAAAGAAAUUUAAAAUAGUUUUCUAAAUGUUCCUUUUUCUUUUUUGAGUGUGCAAUAUCAAACAUAUCUAAAAUUAGGGCAUUUUUCUUGAAUCUUUUUACAGACCAACUAAUUAGCUCUUGCCACAGAACUUUUCCCAUACAUUGUGUUUUCUUUGCCUCCCUUCUUGGUAGGUAAUUUGGCUCACUUUUGUCACCUAACAGUUGCUUUUAUUUCUCAUGACCUGUUUAGGUUAGUGUAUCUUCCCUGUUGAUAAUAGUAACGGUUCCAUGUUCUCCCUCCAGCUGUGUAUUGUGCACUUGGAUGUUUCUCGUGUUAUUUUCUCUGCUACUUGGGUCUCAUUUUUUUACAACUCUUAUGAAAAGAUGGUAAUCUUUCUGAGGUUUUGCUUUUUAAGCCUCUAAAGAUGGGAUCAUUAUUUCAUGGUUCUGGUGCAUUUAUCAAACUCUGAAAUCAGCCCUGCACAAGUAUUUGAGAAUAAAUGAGAAUUUUUUAAAUGUGUGGGCACAUCCUUUCCCAGAUGCUUUAUGAAUAUCUUCUUAGUUAUGUCAGAACUUCACAGCUUUAUUGUAACCCUCUUCCCUGCACCUAUUCCCUUUCUUCUCCAGCUGAGAAAAAGAGGAGAAGCAUAGUAUGCAAGCAAGUUUCCUUCUGAGACUUAACAUAUGAUACCCACCAUGAAUGUAUGAAAGACAAAAUUUGGCCUUCAAUUUUAGUAGCAGUUUCAUUUUAUUUUUCCUCUUGCGACUGGGGCUGUCCAUUCUGUUGACAGUUGAGUCAUGGAAUGUAGAUGUCUGCUUCUGCUGUCCAUCUUUUAGUAGGUAUAGGUUGCUGGAGAUGAUGAACAUGAAAAUAAUUUCCUAACAAAAACAUAUAAAUUUAUACAGUGAUUCGGCAUUUGCAUUAUGUAUAGCUUAAGAAUUAUAGAAGUCACACAGUACUUGAUGUGUCUGUAAAUAAGAAAGUCUUUAGUUUUGAUAAACCUUCUUUAAUUGGGAUGCAUAGAGAGUUUCUUGCUGGGUCAGAAGUGAGAUGAUUUAGGUUAAAUUAACCAUGUCUCUGAAAUGGGCAGUUUAGAUUCUGUCACUUAUUCCCUAUCCCUCUUUCUCCGUCCCAUCUUGAAGCCCUUUUGAAUGUUGAAUUGUUCAUAAGCUAAAAUUUAAGAAAUUUCAGCCAACAAUUCAGAAAAUUAAAGUAUGGUGUGUUGCCAUACCUGGUGUAUGGCUGCAUGCAUUUUAUCAGGGAAAUUUUGAUGUAGGAUUUAUUGCUGAGUUGAGAAGAGAUGAGAAAAUGCCUUUUAUGAUUACAAAAUAGCUUUUUUUGGAUAGAGACAUAUUUUUAGUCACUAUUUUGUGCCAAAUAAACUUUUCUGCUAUUUCCCUUACGUAAAAUUAGACAGUUUUACUUUAAAAUCUAAAGUUUUCUUUUGACAAUUGAAAAUGUUUCAGAAUUGUAAAACUUUUGAACUUCAAGGCAUGUUAGAGUUUAGUGCUAUUCCCUCAAGAUUUACAAUUCAAAAUAUUUUAAGACUGCACAUCUCUAAUUAUUUUCCAUAGAUAUUUGACUUACCUUUUCCCAUUGAAAAGUUAUAUUAAAUUUUUCAUACAUUUGAAUUGAUGAGCUACCAAAUAUAAAAAUGAGAAAGUGAAUGUGCAUUUGAAAGUUUUAACCUUGGGAGUUUCUAUAUAAAGUUGUUAUACACCCUUGUUAAAGCACUUAAGGGAAUAUGGGAUAUUGCCUUCAUUUGUUAGGGAUUUUUUUAAAGCAGAGCUGAGCACACACUGGAUAUAUUUGAAGGUGUUUAUUUAGUUUGUUGUGGUAUGUUACAUAUGGGUAGGCAGAUCCCUAAUUACUAGUGAACUGCCAUCUUGUUAGGAUUGGCUUAUAUUUAAUUGAACAUGUAUAUUAUAUUUCUUAAUUGAUUGUCCAGUAUAAAAAGAUGCCAGUGCUCAUAACCACAGUAUCAGAAAAUUUGAAACUUAACACAAAGCUAUAGUUUACACAUCAGGAACUGCUGUUUACGUAAAACACCUGCAAGAAAGAAACAACAAAACUCACAACUGUCCUGCUAAGAACCUUGUGUAAAGAUUUCCAUUCUGUUUUACCAAUUGGGAACACUUUAAUGUUUAAUAUUUAAACUAUUGGUAUCAUUUUUCUAAUGUAUAAUUUGUAUUACCAGGAUAAAAUAUAUACAGUGGUGAUGCUAAUGUUAAAGUUUAAACAAACUUUGGAAAUACCACUUUAAAUUAAUUUUGAGAUAUCAUAGGUUUAAUAAGUGGUUAUGUUUUAAAAACUCAGAACAGUUAACCUCUGAUCUAAAACCAUCGAUAAACAUGUUUACAGUAACAUACAAAUAUUUCAGUAAUGUAAAUUGAAAAGAUUGCUGCAGGUAAACUAUAGUUCAACCUUAAGAUCUUGUAAUUUACAAUUCACAGAGUAUUUAAGAAGGUGCUUUUUUUUUUCAUUAAAAAUUUAUUUUUCCUAAGACUUUAUUCAUGCCAAAGUUAAUGAGGAAAAAAGCUCAAAACUGGUUGAGGAUCAUUAUAGGCAAAACUACCAAUACUCUAUAUUACUUUAUUUAAUAUUAAGUUUAAUAAAGUAAAUUUUAUUCCUGUCAGAGCCUAAAUCACAUUUUUAAUGUCUGCAUGUUUGAUACUAUUUUUAAAUAUCAUGCUAGUGCCAAGAUUUACUAAAUGUUUUUAAAUUGACCCAUUGGACCUGUGCAAAUUUAAAAGAUAUAGUGCAUAAGCAAAAUAUAAUGAUUAGUGAGAUAUCUUCAGUUGAAACAUAUUUCUUGAUGUUUUAAAUUCUUAAGAGGAGUCAAUAAUUAGUACUGAUGACUUCCUGUUAAAAAUUUUGUCUGCAAUUGGAGAGCCCUGCAGCGCUAUUUUUAAAGUAAACUGUUCUUCUAUGUGGGCCCUGACAAGUACAGAGAUGUUAUAUAUGUGAUUUUAAUUAAGAAAAACCAGAUUGGAUCAAUUUAUCAUUUCAGCAGUGUAAAUCGCUUUUCAUAUUUUUUAAAUAAAAACUUUCCUUCAUUCCUGGUCCCUUUAUAACCAGCAUUUUUUGUGAAGGAAAUGAACAGCUUAUAUUGUAUAUUAAAGUCUUAUACAUCAAUAUUUUUGUUGCAUUGUUCUUCCAUGAAUGAAAAUAAUGUUGACAUGGUUUGAUAAUUUUUGAAUUGAUUUUUUUUAAUUUGAAGAAAACCUUUGCUAUUUUUAUUUUUUUCUAAAAUGGUCUGGCAUUUUAAGAACUAGUGCUAGUAACAUUUCUAAAUUUACAGUAAUUGGCAUGCAUGUGUAAUAAUAGUGCAUCAAUAAAUAUUUUUAGACUAUGGAUUCAUAGACAAGGAGUGGGAAGCAGUAGUGAAAUAUAUAUGAGAACUACUGAUUUGUUUAGGAAGUAUUUCAGUUGCCUCUUGCAUAAUUCAAAGGUGAAUGUUUCCAGGAGUUUUUUUUUUAAUACUUUUUUUUGGAAAGAGGAAACCUUACAACUUAUAUUUGAAUGUGAUUGUCUAAUUUCUACAACACUGGACUACUGGAAAUAAUUUUUUUAAAGUCACUUCUGUAUAAAAAAAUUAUUUGAAAUUGAAAUACAAAAAACAUCUUAAAUAAAAAGAUUAUCUUUUGGCCAUGACACAAGUACACUGUGACAGUGCGGUCUGCUCAGGACCCAGCUCUGCAGCCCUUGUGUGUGCGCCCUUCUGAAUUUUGUUACUGUUAGACACACAGGACUCCUGUCUUGUCCUUGGAAAAGCCGGGCUUCCAAAGCACUGUUGAACACUGACAAUGGAGAUGUUCGAUGAGUCGUAUUUUAAAUAUAAAAGAUUAUUAAAGAUGUUUGCUUUUUUA